GGACUGCCUGUCUGCCCCUUUCCUUUCUGGCCUCCAGGGGGCGCUGUUUCGCCGCUUUGACGCCUCGCCUAACCGGGCGCACCGGGAGCCGCUGCUGCAACAGGUCCACACACAUUUCCGGAGGGUUUUGCAAGCCUUCCUUUGCCUCGGCUGCGUGUCUUUUGCAAGCGCUGCCCGGGGCAAGGAGUCUCGUCCACGGAGAGUCGCUUGGAGCCCCCAUCGAAGCUCCCCGGGGCCACGGGAUGGACCACGCGGGGAAGUGGUGGCUGCUGGUCCCCCUCGCCCUCGGCUUGGCGCCCCGAGAAGUGCAGUCAACAACCUUCAAAGUGACCGUUCCUUACUCCCGCUACAUCUGUCCCGAAAGUCAAAAUGUCACAUUGACUUGUAAGCUCAGUGGUACUCUUGCUAACAGACAUGAUGGCCUUUCCAAAAUGUGGUACUUGAGCAACAAGAGCUGUUCUCAGAGAAAGUAUAUCCGCAACAUCACAAUGAAGGAGUUACAUCAUGAAUCAGGGAAGCACCACUGGCCGCCCGCUAGCAACAGCACUGCUGGAAAAGCUUCCCCUGGACUUCAAGAGAACUAUCAUGGAGUGGAGAUGUCAUCGGACCACCAUGGCACCUUCCAGAUCACCAUGACGAAUCUUACUCUGCAUGACAGUGGGCAUUAUUGUUGCUUUGUGGUGGAAGUGAAAAAGGAGCACAACAAGGCACACGCUGAACAGCAGGUUCAUGGAGUCAUGGAACUUCUCAUACAGAAAGGAAAUGGAACAUUUUCAAACUGUACGCGUCAUUCUGACACCAGCAGAGAGAGUGAAAGCAUCACUGCAGCUGCACUUGCAACAGGGGCCUGCAUUGUGGGCAUUCUAUGCCUGCCCCUCAUCCUGCUCCUCAUUUACAAACAGAGACAAGCAAUCACUAACAGACGAGCUCAUGAACUUGUCAGAAUGGAAAGCAAUGCCCAUGGCAUUGAGAAUCCUGUUUUUGAUGAUGUUCCUGCUGUUAAUUCAGAAGCCCAGGCCAGGCCACAAUUAACCUAUAUGGCUAGCCGUCUGCCUUCAGAAUCAGGACGGCACCUUCUUUCAGAACCAAAUACUCCACUCUCACCGCCGGGGCCCGGGGACUGUUUUUUCCCAUCACUGGAGCCUGUUCCUGAUUCACCAAAUUUAAUAGAUGUAUCCACGAAUAAUGUUUUUCACUGAAUCAUUCAAGGCAGUAUGGACAAGGUUUGGCUUGCUGCUUUCAAAAACGGCAGGAGAAUGGGUACAAAGAAGAGGAAAAGAAGGAGUUUUUAAGGGACUAUUUCAGAAGUAGAAAAGUGGCAGAUGCUUUCAGAGCACUUGGUGCUUCUAGUAACAUUUCAAAAUACUGAUGUACCACUUGCCCUUCCUCCCAAGGAUUUCAAGGCAAAGAUAACAUUCUGGAAAACAAUAUUCUAAGAUUCUUCUGCCAAUUUUUCUAAUCUUUACUUCACAGAGCUUUUUAUCACUUUAUGUACACUUUUGAAUAUGAAUUCUUAAAUGUGGUGUGGUUUCACUACACCAGAAAAGGAACUGGAGAGAAGAUGUUUAAAUUAUAACCAUAUAGCAGAAGAAUUAUGCAAAUGGCCAAUGAAAGCCUUAACCGAAGAGGGAUCUCCCUACUAUCCAAAUGCCUUUUUCCAUGCAAAUAUUGAUGGAUUAAAAAACAAAACACCAGAAUAUUCUUUCAAGCAGAGUGUUCUAGGUGUAUUAUGUCUUUAUACAGGUCAUGUUGUGUAUGUGUUAUUUUUACAUUUGUGCCAUUUUUUAUAUUGGUUACCUUUGUCUAAUAAGCAACAAGGUAUUUUAUAUGCAUCCUGGCUUGAAAUAUUUCACAUAACAUGAAAAAGUCUUCUUGCUUGUCUGCAGUCCUAACAGUUUUUUUCUUUAACAUUUCCUAAAUUGUUAUAAAUUACAGCUUUAAUUUUCCUCUUAAUGCUUUCUGAAUACACAUAUAAAUAUCAUGGCAGUACAUCAAAAUGUCAAAAUUGAUCUUUUCAAACUGAUCUGAAUAUUUCAGCCUACUUUGAUUUCUAUCAGAGACAGAGAGGUUAUCUCUUGGAGAAAAUGCACAAUACAUUUGAUAAUGUACACGUCAUAUAUACAUCAUAUAAAAACUGAAAAACAUGUUUUAAUCAGCACAGAUUAAUCCAGUUUCACAGUCCAUCCAGCCCAGCAUUUAAACUGUGGUGGAAGCCAGUGACAGGCUCACUGAUCACAUCACAUUCAUGUAUAGAUAGCAUCAAGGGCUUUUAGGACACAAGGGCUUGUUGAAAGGAGGAGCCCAUACACAUCAGCACAAUAAUUCUGACACACCGCCUCUUCCCUCCUCACUUGUUUUGUGCAAUGUUUUUUUAGACCACUGCUUCUUAAAUUGUGUGUCCUGAUCUGAAAUGAGUUCCCUUAGCUCAAUCUUGGGGGUUGAGAAAAAAUUGGCAACAGUAAAUCUAAUUGCUGUUUGAGACAUUUAGACAAAUCUGUUAGCAAAAACGUGUAGUGUGUACAGUGGACUAUGCAGAAAAUGCUUCAGCUGUACUUCAUAAAAAGGAAAAUCAGAAUGUUAAGCAAGUCUUGCAAAUGCUGAUUUAUUAUCAGUAAAUGUUUGAUUUUUAUACUUAUUUUAUAUCCUAUAUAUCUGGCUCCUAUUCCAUGUCCUCUGUUUGGUAGAAGGUAACUGAUAUUUCUCUCUGGCUUCAACCUAACAUAUAGGACACUCGUAUAAAGAACUGGAAAUGCA